AUGAACCGCUUCUCUGCUGGUCAGUCAUGCAAUAAUGAUGCAACUGCUUUACGUACACCCCAGGAAACUGUCAAGAAGUCUUUAUUCUGUAUAGCUCCCCUCGUACAAAGAUUUUUCAGUACCAAACGUGCAGGUCUCGCCUGCGCCGCGGCCGGCCCCAGGGAGCGGGCUUGCCGAGUCGUCAUUGCCGCGUCCUCGACGCGAUUUCUGCGGUCCCGACAACAGCGGGUUCUUCGUGUGCCCCUUACAUCCGCGGCUGGUCUGGGUCGCCGAUUUUUGGAGCCAGGCAGUUCCAAGUCUGCGUCUUUGCACUGGACAAGUGAGCGAGCUGUCAGUGUCCUCUUGCUAGGUCUCCUUCCUGCAGCCUACCUGUAUCCUGGACCAGCCAUGGACUAUUCGCUGGCAGCAGCCCUCACUCUCCAUGGCCACUGGGGUCUUGGACAGGUUAUAACUGACUACGUCCAUGGAGAUACACCCAUUAAACUGGCCAAUACAGGUCUGUAUGUACUGUCGGCUGUUACCUUUGCUGGCCUCUGCUACUUUAACUAUUAUGAUGUUGGUAUCUGCAAGGCCGUUGCCAUGCUGUGGAGCCUCUAA